CUCAAGUUCCUCUUUCGAUAAAGCACCUGCCGUGGGACUUGUUUCGAAAGAAACAUCGAAAAUAAUGUCUGACGACGAGGAUUACAGCUCUUCUGACGACGAAGACUAUGUUCCUGACGAUGGGGAAGUGGUGAGUGAAGAGGAAAAUUCUGGAGAUGAGGAAGAUCUGUCUGUACUAAGGGAAGACCAAGACGACGCUGAAGCAAAAGGAGGGCGUGGCAAGCGAAAAAAGGCCAAAAAGAAAAAUUCAGAUCUCGCAGCAAGGAAAAGAAAGGGUGGAAUACAGCUAGAUGAUGAUACAAACCAGAAGCAAGAAACAGAAGAAGACAGUCACAAUAAAGAACUAAAAGAACAAAUAGACAAAGAGAAACUGGAAAAGAAAGAAGAUCAAGAGAAGAAGCGAACUGACAAUUUGUGGGCUAGCUUCCUUUCUGAUGUUGGUGGACGGCCUAAACCUAAACCUGCUCCAUCAUCGGGCUUAGGGGCUUUAGGCAGUCUGUCAAAGCCAUGUACCUCAUCAUCUCCCAAAUCCACACCAACCUCAACAAUAGUCAACCCGCCAGGAAAAGUCAAAGUCACCAAAGUGUACGAUUUUGCUGGAGAGGCUGUUGAAGUGACUAAAGAAGUUGACGUUGAUUCAAAAGAAGCAAAAGCUGCACUGAAAGAGAAAGAGGAAACAGACAAUCCAACGGAAUCUUCAUCACCUGUCCCUGCGACAGGCGCAUCAGUGUUCUCUGGAAAGGGGCCAGGGAUCAAGAGACCAGGAGGAGGACUUGGAGGAAUACUCAACAGCAUCAACAAGAAACCUAAGAUGGGGACACUGGAAAAGUCAAAACUAGAUUGGAACAGUUUCAAAGAAAAAGAAGGAAUUUCUGAAGAACUGCAGAUCCAUAACAGAGGAAAGUCAGGGUACCUGGAAAGAAUGGCAUUUUUGGAACGAACAGAUCAUCGACAAUUUGAAAUUGAAAAGAGUUUGAGACAAAGCAACAGCAAAAGAUGAUGACAGUAGCUAUAUGCCAAGGGGAGACAACUCUCCUUGUAUAGAGCUUUCAGUCCAAGUACUGUUACAUAUUCCACCCGGAUUAUUGUGAUAAAGUCAGAUUUAUAGUCACAACCUUGAUAUUGGAGCAACCUUAAUUUGUAUCAGUGAUACAGAAUCUGAUUGGAAACCAAUAUUGAUGUGAUAAUAAAUGUCCAGUGAACCCAACAUGUGAGAUGACAAAAAUGUUGGAUCGGGGUUUGUUUUGAUCAUGGAAAUCAAUCAGGCGUACUGCAUUAGUGGCAUUGUACGGAAAGAUAUUUCAGUCCUUUACCUUACAUGUGGUUGUAGAAUAACUCAUUGGAAAUUGACGAUAUUUCAGUCCUGAUUUUGGUCAUUACAUAGAUACAAAUACAAAUUGCCUGGUGCUUUCUGAUGUUGCCACAAAUUUCAGAUAAAUAAGUCAGGAUUUCUGUUGUAAAGAAAAAAUGGUGUUUUUUCCAAACAUGCCACAAAUGCAAGCGUUUUCUGGAUUUUAAGCAGUGGAUUCAUUGUGAUUUUGAUGAAGAGCUUGGCAGGACCAUUGACUUAAUUAACUGUGUUGUUCCAAAUUAAGUCUUCAGAGUAUAGAUUCAAUAUUGUUGUGCAAAAUUGAAAUCCUAUAUGAGUUCUUUCAGGAACAAAAUUGCAAAUGGUACCGGUUGAACCUGAUAACUAAAGUGUAGUAAAGCAAGAAACUUUUUUGUACAGACACUAAAAGAUUUGUACAAGGUGGUUAGUCAGAAUUCAGAUGUACUCUCAAUAGAAUUACAGUUGUGUGUGAUGGUUAAUCAAGAGAGAAGAGUGAAAAGGAAGUGUUGAACAAGUGGUGACUUCAAUGUUGCGAUACUCGGGAAAACAAGACAUUAUUCACAAGGCUUAAAGCCGUAAUAAAUAUUUGUACAUGUA